CGGGUCUCGGCCAUCGUGGCGUAAGGACGUGUUUUUAAGUCGGAUAUUUUAUCAAAGUGUUACGAGUUCGUGCUAUAAACUGUGUCGGAAACAUGCUCACUUAGAAUAUCUUCCACCGCAUGGAAACUACAAAAUGGCGUUUAAGUAUUUGAUAAUAAUUAUAGCAUUUGCUACUAUAAAAAUUAAUCUUACGGAGAGUCGACAAAGCGAUAAAAGAAGAUGGAAAACGGAUAAGAGUUUAUAUUCACAUUAUGUUAAUAUUUGUGAUAUACAAGAUAGAGUAUCAAAAGUACAUUGCUAUUGUGAAAAUAUCAAAUUAAAGACAGCUACGAAAGCAGAUUGUUGGGUCUUCAAUGGAGGUAUCGCAGAAGAUGAUCCAUUCUGGUCAAAUUUUUAUUCACAACCUAUGAUUGAGAAGUUAAGUUUUAACGUAAGAGCAGACGGUGGUUUAACCUACAUCCCAGCUAAGAUAAUCGUUAGAUUAGAGAGACUUCAAAAUCUAAACAUACAAUAUGCAAAUAUUCAAAGUAUACCAUCAUUUGCUUUCACAAACUCGACUUCACUCCGAGAUAUAAUGUUACCAAAGAAUAAAAUAGUUAAACUAGAAAGAAUGUCCUUUGCACAUCUCAUUAUGCUCUCGAAUGUAAGCUUGAUAGAAAAUCAAAUAAGUGAACUACAAAGAGAUACUUUUUAUGAUCUUCCCAAUCUUCAAAGAUUAUAUUUAUCGAAGAAUAAGAUAGAAGUAAUUCACGAAGGUUGUUUCAAGCAUUUGAAUAAUCUUAUAAAACUUGAUCUGAGUAGCAACCUGUUGGCUGUCGUAGUUAGAGAAAACUUUCAAGGACUUUCGAAUUUAAUGAAUUUAGAUAUGAGAAACAAUAAAUUAAUGAUGAUCGGCGACUUAGCGUUUACCGAACUUUGGAGCCUCCAUGAAUUGUAUCUUGACAACAAUGAAAUAGAAUUUAUUUCUGUAAGAGGUUUUGGAGGAUUGACCCAAUUGCGAAAACUUUCUAUAGCUGAUAAUAAGUUGGCAAGUUUAGAUGGCAAUGUGUUCAACGAUGUUCAAAAGUUGUAUGUUUUGGACCUAAGAAAUAAUUAUUUGGAAUACUUUAAAGAGGAAACUUUGAUUAAUUUAAUUGAAAAUUUUAAAUCAAAUUAUGCUUUGAUAGCUCUAAAUGGUAACAAGUUAACUUGCGAUUGCAGUCUAGCUUGGCUUCAAAAACUAAGAAAUGAAACCCGAAGUAAGCGAGUCAAAGUAGCACUUACACGUCUCAGUUGCAUCAGUGAUAUGAAACCGAAAUCAAACGGCAGUACUGGCAGAGAUAAAAAUAAUGGCAACAUUUAUAAAGGUAAUACUAUGUCUUUAAAAAACAAUUUGGAUAAGAGUUAUGAAGAAACUGAAGUAAACGUUGAAGAUGAUACUGUUUACGAAGAUACAAUGCAAGACCAAGAUAACGAAUUGAAUGGUAACAAAAUAGAAUAUCGCAGGAAAUUGAUAGAUAUACCUGUAGAAGCGUUACCAUGUCCGAGUCGGUUAAGUUUUGAAGCAUCUUUCUCUCCUCCAACUCAAGAUGAAGUUAAGUAUUAUAAAUCAUCUGCAAGCAAAAAAGUUAUAACAGUUUAUUUAUUCAUAACACUUUUAUACAUCGCUCUAUAACAAAUUAUGAUG